GGUGCUAUCAACUCUUAUAUUCACACUUUAGGCGAAUGUGAUAAUGUAACAAUUCUAUCUAAGAUAUCGGGUAGACUGUCUUACCUAUAUCAAAGUAGCAUUUCCCAAACCAAGAUGGCUGCCUCCAUGUAGAAAGAAAUAUUUUUUUCGUGCCUUCUUCUUCCAUUUUUAAAAGCCCACAUUCGGCUUACCAUUCUCUGAUUUAAGUCACAGGGGUAAAGUUUUCAAAAUGAGCUCACAGAGAGGAAACGUUGCGCGUACACGCCCGCAAAAACACAAGAAUACAAAGGCUUUCAAAAACAACAUGCACGACCAGAGUCAGAAGACCAAGAAGCUGAACGCCAUGGUGGUGGGAGGGCUGUGCGGUCACUGUAAAUCCGUCAUCGACUGGAAGAUUAAGUACAAGAAGUACAAGCCGCUGUCUCAGCCCAAGAAAUGUGUCAAGUGUGAGCAGAAGACUGUCAAACAGGCCUACACCAUUAUGUGUAUGCCAUGUGCAAGGACUGCCGGUGUCUGUGCAAAGUGUAGUAACAGUGAGGAGGUGGUGACGCCGGCCACCCUGACGCCAGCCGAGGAGGCUGCCAGGGACGCAGAGCUGCAGCAGGAGCUGAAGUUCAUGUCCGAGAGACAGCGCAGGUCCUUCAUGCGCUACGUCGAGAAGGGAGGCGACACGGGCGGAAAAUCCCCAGCAGCGGGGAACACAGAAGACAGUGAAGACGACAGUACUAAUGAUUCAGAAGAUGAAAAGGUUCUUGAUGAGAAUUCAGACGUUGCUUCUCCAGAUGUUCAAGACUCUAAAAGUUCUGAUAAGACUGAAGGAGAGGGAAGUCAGCAGGGCCCUUUGAGGCAUAGGGAGGAUAUGGCAGCAGGUAUCGACAAUGCUGCAGAAAAAUGUGACCAACUUUCUAUAUGAAAGAGCAGAGUACAUUGCUUAUAUUGUAGGAAUGUCAGUCUUCUCCAUCUAUAAUGUCUGUGUUACUCUG